CGCGGUGCUGGUGCGCCCCAGUCAGCUCCAAGCGCCUGGCAGCCCCAGAGCGAGUGGCAGCUUUGAGCCGCCGGGCAAAGAUGCCCCACUACAACCUGCGCGCGGCGGCCGUCCUCCUUCUCGUGAUUCUAAAGGAACAGCCUUCCAGCUCUGCCCCACUCAACGGAUCCAAGUGGACCUAUGUUGGUGCUACUGGGGAAAAGAACUGGUCCAAGAAGUACCCAUCAUGUGGGGGCUUCCUACAGUCCCCGAUAGACCUGCAUAGUGACAUCCUCCAGUAUGAUGCCAGCCUCACACCCCUACAGUUCCAAGGUUACAAUGUAUCUGCUGAAAAGCUGUUGAACCUGACCAAUGAUGGCCAUUCUGUGAGACUGAAUCUGAACUCGGACAUGUAUAUCCAGGGCCUCCAGCCUCACCAAUACAGGGCGGAGCAGCUGCACCUGCACUGGGGGAACCGUAACGACCCCCGUGGCUCUGAACACACCGUGAGUGGGAAGCAUUUCGCCGCCGAGCUGCACAUCGUCCAUUACAACUCAGACCUGUACCCUGACUUCAGCGCCGCUAGCAACAAGUCAGAAGGCCUCGCUGUCCUUGCGGUUCUCAUCGAGAUAGGUGCCAUCAAUCCAUCAUAUGACAAGAUCUUCAGUCAUCUUCAACACGUUAAGUACAAAGGCCAACAAGUGCGCAUCCCAGGCUUCAACAUUGAAGAACUUCUGCCUGAGAGCCCUGAUGAGUACUACCGCUAUGUAGGGUCCCUGACUACACCUCCUUGCUACCCUACUGUGCUCUGGACAGUUUUCCGAAAUCCGGUGCAGAUUUCCCAGGAUCAGCUGCUGGCUUUGGAGACAGCUUUGUAUUUCACACACAUGGACGACCCUUCCCCCAGAGAAAUGGUCAACAACUUCCGGCAGGUCCAGAAGUUUGAUGAGAGGCUGGUGUAUAUCUCCUUCCGACAAGGACUCCUUACCGACACAGGACUGAGUCUGGGUAUCAUCCUUUCAGUGGCCCUGGCUGGCAUUCUGGGCAUCUCCAUUGUUCUGGCGGUGUCCAUCUGGCUCUUCAGAAGGAAGAAGAGCAAAAAAGGUGACAACAAGGGAGUCAUUUAUAAACCAGCCAUGAAGAAGGAGACUGAGGCCCACGCCUGAGGUCCCUGGCCCUCUCAGACAUCCAAGGAAGGACCUUGCUUUGGACACUACAUACUUUGGCUCUCUGGACACUUGAAAUACCUCAAGGUGUUCUCUCGAGCUCAACCAUAACCCCUUCCCCAGAUACUUGUGAGGCUUCUGGCUGGGUCUCACCUGUUCUGCUUAAGCCACCCCAGGGUGACCUGUGAGUGGGAUAUACUGAACUAGGGGGCAGGAGCUUUCAGUGGUUUUUUCUAGCUGCAGGAGAUGGCUAAAGAUUUAGAAUUCUGGGUCACAAACCUAACCUGCUGAUGGGCUAUUACGGUUUGGAAAACACUUCCAUUCUGGGUUCAUCUUGAUACAUUUCCAGUGCCCUGGACAUUCUAGUUUUUCUUUAACCUUCCAGACUAGAGCGUGUACCCUUUGCUCAGGUGAUACUUUGGAAACUCAGCUUCCUCCCUCAGGGAGGAGCUAUCUUCCUUGGAUUUCCUUCUUCCCUGACAGACCCUCCAGCCUGACCAAAUGCCUAUGGGGAAGAAUUGAGACAAGAAUCAUCAGAUUAUCAGAAAGAAAGAAAAACCAUAAUAUACUAAGGCUUUGCCACAGUCCUGUCUUUUGGGUUAGAGACAUUGGCCAAAUCUUACAGAAAUGCAGGUUCAACUUCUAUUUCUUAAUGGAGAUCAAGGGAGACAGAGAAAGGGGAAGCAGAUGGAAUGGAAAGGCGUACAUUGUCCAGGAGUCUUGCUUUGGAGUCAGAACUGGAGUCAAGAUACAACAUAAGAGAAAUUGAGUCUGCUUAGCCUCAGGAGGACGGUUUGCUUUGUACUCCGCUCCAUUGCUGGAAAGUGAGUUGCUCUCUGUCUCCUGGAGUAGAUGCGAUUCAUGGAAUAAUCUACUCUGCUUUGAACCCAUGGGAAACAGACAGAAGCAAGACAGCUGUGCAACUUUGUCUCUUUGCCCUAGUGUCACUUCUACCUUGUCUGAUAUCCCUGCUAUCAACUCGGUGUCAGGACUGUCUACUCCCCUGGCUGGGGGGGAGUCUAAAUGAUGUUUGGUCAAAAUGUAUUUUCAUACUAUCAAAGCAGAAAGCUACCUACACAGAGCCAAACCAGGUUCCGGUAUUUAGGUACUGAGACCAACAGAAUGCUCCCAAGAUUCUCCCUGUUCUCCCCCCUCAGUCACACAGUGUCUGAGAAUACUUAAUUCCUUCCUCAUGUUCUUCCCGCAAAGGUGAGAACCCUGUGGAUCGCAGUCGGCUCUGUGGCUCAACCAUAGCCUCAGCCUCCAGCCCCUAAUUGCUAGUUGCCUGCCGUUCACAGGAAGUUCUCCCAUUUCGUCUCAUUUUGACAGCAUGGAAUGUCCUCUUGAAGUACAAGGGGUUUUGUUUAUUUUGUUUUGUUUUUACAUCUUUCUCCUUCUACACCUUCCUCUGACUUGAUAAAAGUCUUUUUCUACCAUUACAACUUUUCAUGGUGGCAAGCCCUGCGUCUUUGUAACGUAAUUCCCUGGGCAAGGUUACAGGUGACCCAACGGGGGCUUGGCUGUGUGUGCAGUGUAUGCGCAUACACACAAGAUCUCCGACAGCCUUGGAGUCUGGGUACCUCCCCCCCCAGCCUUGCAACCGGACGUGCCUGAUGGUAUCACCACAGUAAGGACAACUCUCAAGGAGAGAUACACCAUUUAGUGGGCCAGAAUUGUCAGCCGGAAACUAGCAUAAAGCACGCCAGGACAGCAAGACUGUCGCAAAGAACUAUACCCCAACAACUUGCGUGAGGACGCAGCGAGCUCGUCGUGCCUGGCGUGAAGACUGGCCGUGAAAGGAAAUGCACGAGGAGGUGACAACAGUGGCGUUUCUCCUCCCCUCUUCCCAUUCAGCCUGGCCCAGACACUCACUCCUCCUUUAGUCCUCAUGGAUGAGAUGAAACGAAGCCGCGGAGGCAGGAAGAGUGCUCCGAGAACCAGCGCCGUCAACCUUUAGCUCCUGAAGAUGCAGCUUUCCUCAUAUGCCCCGUCCUUCUGUGGACACGGGGCCACCGCUGAGGGACCCGUGCUGUGGUGUGUGCGCAGCUUGCCUUACACUCCUUAUCUCGGUCGUGUGAGGUGUAAGGUGGGUGCCUAGGAGAGCCUGGGUGGGCGCAGGGCUGGGCACACGGCAGGUGGAGAAGA